AUGAUUCAAUUAUGUAAAAGAUGGUUCAGUAUUACUACUAUUAUUAAAGCAAAGAACACUAAAGCUGCUGCUACUGCCGUUAGUGUGAAAGAUAUCACUGCCAUAGUCAAAAAUAAUAAAGAUUUGAUUGGUAAGGGUUCCAAUUUUACCAAAAAGAUAAUUAACCAACAAUUGGUAUUAAUUAAUUCAACUAAAUUUAAAAGAUUAAAGAUCUUAAACUCACAAUACGAUUUUUUGAAAGCCACAAAUUAUCACAAUUUGAAGACUGAUAUUUUGAAAGACAAACAGUUUGCGUUAUUAUUAGAUCAGAAUUUUAUUAAUCGAAUAAUUCCCUUUUUAUUCAAAUUAACACCGAAUUAUCGAAGUUUGCCAAACGAUUCAAUCUUGCCCUUAAACGAUUCCUGGUUAAGGCAAGAUAAGAAUAGUGACCGUGCAUCGUCCAUUUCCUCCUCUUUUAAAACUUCACUAUUAUUAGAAGUGCCACAACUACCUAAUUUCCAACUGAACCCAAAUGAAUUCCCGAGCUAUAUAAGGACAUUAACACAUCACACUAUAAUUAAAGACCAAAAUUUACCACACCUUCUAAGAACUUUGGCGAAUCCAAUGAAUAAUAUGACCACGCCAUUGCAUACGAUAGACACGUAUAACGACAUAUUGUUUUAUUUUAAGAAUCAUUGGGAUUUUGCAUCGAUGAGAGAGAUCUUUAAGUUCAUUAAUUUGCAUCCGUUUAUAAGGCCCAAUCUGACAACUUUUAAUAUUUUAAUAUCAUCGUUAUUGAAAAAUAAUCAAAUUAGAAUGAGUAAAGAUAUUAUUAUUGGAUUGAAAUUUUAUCUUAAGUUGAUGAUAAGACAAGAGAUUGAGAUUGAUUCCAAGACUUGGGAAUUGAUUAUGAGAUUUUUGACUACGUCGAUUGGAAGGUUGCAAUUUGUACAAAUUAUGAAACAAAAUAAUGUUCCUGUGACCGAUUGGAGUUCAAUUUACAUCAUGAAGGAUUUCCCUAAAGAAAUGAUCAAUCAUUACAUUACAAAAUCUGCUAUUUCCAAGACUAUGAGAAGAAAUGUUAGGAUCACAAAUAUAAUAAUUAAAUCGUGUUUACAGAAUGGAGAAUUCAACAUGGCAUUAGAUUUCAUUAGAUCAAACAGAUCCAAUUGUUCAGUGAAUGACCAAACUUUGAAUCUGUUUCUUGUUCCACUAUCCAAUAUGGGUAAAUUAGACCACUGUUUGAUGAUCUACAAAUGGUUCAACGAGAAUUUGGGAGUAUGUGGAGAUUUGACGAGUUUCAAUCUUUUGUUGAAGAGCCACGUAAGGAAUGGGUACAGCAAGAAUUUCCCGAUAAUUUAUGAAUGGAUCAAUCUUUUAUUCAAGGAUAGAGUAGGGUUAAAGUAUUCACCCAACAGUUAUUGGAAGUUGAAAUGUCAAAGCAUAAUUAAGUUCAACUAUGUGGAUCCUUGUCAUGAUCAUCAUAACCAUGGUGCUUCUUUAAAGAUCAAAUCGAAAAGACUAAAUAAAAUGGAUAAACUAUAUGAAACGUUUAAUUUAGAUUCCAUCUUAUUUGAGGGAUGUCAGUUCCAUGAAUUGCAAUUGUGGAAUGUGACUAAGACUCAUCCAGAUAUAAGAAAAAUGUUAAGAUUCUUAAAUGUAGUUAAAGGUUGUUCAAAGAGUGGCGAUAACAAUAAAAAAAGAUCAAAUUUUAUAAUUAGCAAUUCAGAGACAAAGAUACGUAAACAGAAAUUUUUACAGCGAAUUAAAAAGAUUGCGAUAACACAUUCAUCGUAUAAGAAAUUAUCAUACUCAAAAAAUUGGUAUAAAGCAUUAAACGACGAAUUCUCAAAACCAAGAUAA